AUGACUGAUUUCACUGCAAUUUUUCAACCUUUUUUGGACCUGUUUAAUCAAGGACAAGUACAAGCUAUUCUAUUGGCAUGGCUUCCAACAAAGAUAGGACCCUAUCUAUCUGGAAUAAUGGCAGUAGAUAUGUUUGUAACCACAGUCAUAGCUUCAGGACUUACUGUAUUGUGUGCAGCACUAUAUGCUAUAUCACAAUCAUUACUUACAGGUAGUUGUUGGAAUGGAAAUUUAGUAACAGUACAAAUCGAGUAUUAUGUCACUGGUACAUAUGGAGAUCAAUAUACCAGCACAUUUUACGAAGCUUUGUCAUGGCUCAUUUCCAAACAAACCAAAAAAUUGGAUAAAGGAUCAUUCAUCGUUCAACCUACCAAUGAUCUGAUUUCUCAAGAAGAUGAGGAAGAUGAAUGUGCACCACCUUCUUUUAACAUCCUUCCCGAAAAGAAUCAACGAAUUA